AAGGACAGAGACCGCUUUUCAAGCUCAUGUUGCUGCUCCUUGAUACGUAGCGGCUCUGAAUGAGCAAACUCCACAGAAAAGAUGAAAUUUGAGGAUCUCUUGCUGGAAAUUGGUGGCUUUGGCAGAUUCCAGAUUUUGAUUUUGUUUAUCCUCUGCCUCCCAAGAAUCAACCUUCCCAUGCAUUUCCUGCUGCACAAUUUUCUUGCUGCUACCCCCUCUCAUCACUGUGCAAUUCCUCACCAAGAGGCAUUUGUGAACCUCACCAUGGAGGAAGUUCUGCUCAUCAGCAUCCCCCAGGAGCCCGACGGCACUUUCAGGUCCUGUGAGAUGUUCUCGCAGCCUCAGUUUCACCUGCUGCUCAAUUCCUCUCUGCAACCAGAAAACAACUCCAUCAUCCAGCACUGCCAGCAUGGAUGGGUCUAUGACCACUCGCAAUUCACCUCCACCAUCUCCACCCAGUGGGACCUCGUGUGCGAGCAGCGUGGACUGAACCAAGCGACUGCAACCUUCUUCUUCAUUGGCGUUACGAUGGGGGCCGUGAUAUUCGGAUACCUUUCAGACAGGUUCGGACGGAAAGCCAUGCUUGUGCUGUCGCUUGUGUGCUCUGUCGUAUUUGGGAUGCUGAGCGCCGCCUCCGUCUCCUACAGCAUGCUGGCCAUCACGCGGACCCUCACCGGGGUGGCCCUGAGCGGCGUCUCCCUUAUUGUAUUGCCUUUGGGGAUGGAGUGGGUGGACAUACAGCACCGCACCUUCUCUGGGAUCCUGACUAGCAUCUUCUGGAGCAUCGGGAACAUGCUGCUGGCCAUGGUAGCGUAUUUGGUGCGGGAAUGGCACUGGCUAUUAGUAGCUGUAACAGGACCUUGUCUUCUGAGCAUGGUCUGCCUGUGGUGGGUCCCAGAGUCUGCCCGGUGGCUUAUAGCCAAUGGCAAAGUGAAACAAGCUCACAGGCAUCUGCUUAGAUGUGCAAGAAUGAACGGAAGGAAAGACUUCACUGUCUCACCAGAGGCCCUCAGAAGGAUGGCAACAGACAAAAAGCCAGGAGGGAAUUACUCCUACAUCAGCUUGUUCAGGACACCAGUCCUGCGGAAGAUCUCUCUGUGUUCUGGGGCUGUGUGGUUCGGUGUUGCCUUCUCUUAUUACGGCAUGAGCAUGAACCUAACUGGCUUUGGGCUGAACAUGUAUCUCUCCCAGUUUGUCUUCGGCGUCAUUGAGAUUCCAGCCAAGAUGAUCAUGUACGUGGUGGUGAAUCGAGUUGGACGACGGCAGAGUCAGGCGUGGGCACUCAUCCUGACCGGACUAUGCAUAGGAGCCAACAUCAUCAUUCCCAAGC